AUGAAAACGCGACGCAAGUCCAAAGCCGCCUCCUCCGCGGCCCCAGACGCGGCAUCCACGCUCGAGCUGGCGCUGCCGGAGGAGCUGGACGUCGAGGCGCUCUCGUCCCUCCUGCCCGACGUCACACUCGAGAACCCGAAAGGGGAGGAUAUACUGGGCGUGUACGAGGUGCUGCUGAGUAGAGAUGCGGAGCUGGAGGAGACGAGGCGGGCGCUGGAGGAGGCACGGGCGGAGGUGGAGAGGGCUGUGGUUGAGAGGGACGACGCGCUGCAUCAGCGCGAGAGCGUGCGGAGCGAGGUCGAGGGCGAGAUGGGCAGGGCGCUGGAGGAGCUCGAGAACGUGAAGAAGGAGAGGGACUCGCUUAAGACGACGAACGCGAGUCUGCAGACGCAGGUGGCGACGUUCACUAGCACCAACUCGGCGUCGAGCUCUGAGCUGGACAGCCUCAAGGCGCGCGUGGCAGACGUCGAGCGGGAGAAGCGGGACUUGCUCGCCGUCGUGUCACGGAUGAAAGAGGACGCGGCCUCUCAGGACGAGGAAAUCAAGACGCUGCGCACGACGCUCAAAGACCUGCGGACCAAGUCCUCCGACAGCGAGUCCAAAGCACGCACCCUAGAACAAGAGCGGACGUCGCUCAACUUCCGGCUGGAGAGCAUCGAGCAGCAGCUCGUCCUCGCCCGCGAAGAAGCCGAGCGCACCGCCCAGGACCUGACCGCGCGCUCUGAGCAGUACAGCGCCGAGCGCCGCACCCUCCGCGCCGAGCUCUCCACGCUCCAAACGUCGCAUGACGAGCUGCAGUCCACGCACGCCUCGCUCUCCGCCCGCUUCACCGCCCUCCAAACGUCGCACACCACAGCGACAACCCAGCUCUCCACGGCCCAAUCAACGAUUCACGACCUCCGCUCCCGCCUUGCCGAGCAGGACGCCUCCUACGCGUCCGAAAUCGCCGGCCUCAAACGGCUGGUCGGGAUGAUGGAAGCCCGCGAGGUCCAGGGCCAGGCGAUCGUCGAGGGUAUACAGGCGGACUACAACGGACUGGGAGCACGUGCAGAGCGCCGCGAGCAGGCCCUGCGUGACGAGGCGGACCGCGAGCGCGCACGGGCGGACGAGGCGGAGCGUAAGCGCGCGGACCUCGAGCGCGUGCUCGAGGGCUUGCAGUCUGGCGAGCUGCCCCUGCCUGAGCCGACGUCCAAUGGUACACCCGCGCGCAUCACUUCUACGCCUAUUCGCACAGGCGGCACACCAUGCUUCGGCACGCCCGAGAGCAUGCUCUCCCCCGCCGCGUCCCUCGCCGCACGCGUGCAGCGCGGCGGGCGCACGCUCACGGACGUCUACGCGGACUACGUCGCGCUGCAACAGUCCUACGCGCGCAAAUGCGCCGAGCACGACCGCAUGGACCGCACGCUCUCCCAAGUCCUCGACGAGAUCCAGGAGCGCGCGCCCGUGCUCGCGCAGCAGCGCGACGAGUACGAGCGGCUGAAAGUCGAGAGCGACGAUUUGGCUGAAAGGCUGCGGGCGGCGUUGAGCGAGAGGGAGGAGCUGGAGAGGGAGGUGGGCGAUGCGCGGGCGAAGGUUAGGGCGAGCCAGAAGGAGGUGAGGCUGUUGGAUGCGCAGGCGAGGGAUAUGGGCGCGCAGGUCCAGGGUCUUCUUAAAGCGUUGGCGAGGGCACAGGACCCGCAUCUCCCGCCGGACGAGGAGCUCGAGGCGCUCGCGGUGCAGGGCGACAGCAUCGACGCGGUCAUCUCGAACGAAUUGGUGUUGGUUGCGAGCAUACCCGCUUUGCAAGCGCGCAAUCAGCAGCUGCUGGCGCUGGUGCGGAAAUUGGGCGAGCAGCUCGAGGGCGAGGAGCGCGAGGUGCACGCGGAGAACGAGGCCGCGCUCGGCGAGGCCGCCGCGGCGAUCCGGGGCUUACAGGCCGAGAACGAGGACACGCGGCGCGCGUACGAGGCGCAGAUCCGCGCGCUCAUCAAAGAGCGCGAUACGCUCAAGGCGCUCCGGUCCGCCACGAACGCUUCGGCUGCGCUUACGGUGCAAGGGCAGGAAGAGGGCGAGAGCGGGCUGGAGAGGGAGCUCGAGGAGGUGCAGGCGCAGUUUGAGCGGUUUAGAGAGGAGGCGGAUGUUGAUGGGGCGAGGCUGCGGGAGAUCGCGUUUGGGGCGCAACGCGAAGUUGCGGACGUGCAGGCCAAGCUCGCAAAAGCCAACGCGAACGUCGAGUUCCUCAAGGAACGCCAAGCUGCAGCUGCAGACCGCGCCGCGCAACAACAGCGCGAGCUCGACGCGCUCUCCGCACGGCACGCCCAGGCCCAAGCGCACUUUGCGUCCGCCGACGCCCGCGCGGCCCGCCUCGAGUCCGAGCUCACCGACGCCCGCGCGCGCGCAGACCGCGCCGUGUCCGACUCCGCGAAUGCCAAGGCCGAGAAGCGCAUCAUCGAGUCGAGCUUGACUAGAUUGGUGGAGGAGAAUAAGAGCCUCGCGCAGCAGAACGGGCAGCUCGCGGGCUUGGUGGAGCGGGUACGGGUGCUGCAGGACGACGCGGCGGCUGCUGCUACGCGCGAUCGGACGAGGCUCGAGCGCACAGUUGAAACGCUUGAGAGUCAGGCGGAGGAGCUGAAGAGGGAGCUGAGCGAUGAGAGGGAGCGGCUGAAGGAGGGGCAGACGCGGUGGGAGGUCGAGGUUAGGGAGGUGCGGGAGGCGAAGGAUCGGGCGACGGAGGCGCUUAUUAAGGCGGGCGAGGAGGCGGGGCGGGCGAGGGCUGAGGAGGCGCGGCUUACUGCGCGCGUUGAGGAGUUGACACGACAGCUGCAGGGCGCGGAGGAGAAGCUCGCUGUGUACGAGCGCCGGCCCGCCACUACCACCACCACCUCCUCUGCUGCAGCGCACAAUGGCGACGACACAACUUCGAACGACGAGGAGGUCGCUGAGCUCCGCGCGGCGCUCAAAGUGGCCGAGGUGGACCUCAUCAACGCGCGCGAGCACGCGGAGCAGUUCAAGAACAUAAGCCGCGCGAACGAGGAGGCGCUCGAGAGCCUCACGGCGACGCACGAGCAGUAUACGAGCGCCACGGCCGGUCAGAUUGUGCAGCUCGAGGCCGACAAGACCUCGCUCGAGCAGAAGAUUGAGCGCCUCCAGCGCGACGUCCUCGAAUCCAAAAAAUCCGCGUCCGAGUCCAAACGGCUCCUCACGUCCGAGCGCGACGCCUGGGCGGCCGACCGCAAGACGCUCGAAGACACCAUCGUGGAACUCUCCUCGUCCUCGCAGUCCGCCGCGGCGGUCCAGGCCGCGCGCGAGUCCGAGGCUGCCGCUCAAAGUUCGAGAGUGAAGGAGGCGGAGGAGAGGUACAAUCGCGAGGUGCUGGCGCAUGCGGAUGCAUUAAGGCAGCUCGAGGAGGUGAAGGGCCAGCUGGCGGCGUUGAGGAGAGAGGCGCAUGAGAACCUCGCCAAGGCGGAGACGGCGAGCGCGAAGCUGAGCGGGGCGGAGGGCAGCUGGGAGAGGGUGCGCGAGGCGAUGCAGAAGGAGCUGGACGCGGUCAAUGCGCGGGUGCGGGAGCUGAAUGAGCAGAAUAGGGUGCUGCAUGGGCAUCUGGAGAGUGUGAGCGCGCAGGCGGCGCAGAUCAGGCAGGCCGGCGAGGGCGCUGGUGCUGCCGGUGCCGGAGAGGGUACUGGGGAGGGAGGGGAGGAGGGAGAGGCAAAGGAUGGCGAGAUGCGGCAGGUCGUGAGCUGGUUGAGGCGCGAGAAGGAGAUGGCGGAGAUGAAGCUCGAGCUCAACAAACAAGAAACCGCACGCCUGCGCACACAGGCGACCCACCUCGCGCGCGACCUCGACGACGCGCGUGCGCAGCUCACAUCCGAACGCGAGAAAGCCGCGUCAAACGCCGGCAACGAGGACGCGCACAAGGAGCUGCUGGAGAAGAUAGCCCAGAUGAGCGUGCUAAGGGAGAGCAAUGCGACGCUCAGGGCGGAUAAGGAGGCGAGCGAGAGGCGGGUGAGGGAGUUGGAGGGGCGGGUGGCGGAGAUGGAGGAAGAGGUUGGGCCGUUGAGGGUGAGUGUGGGCGAGCUGAGGGCGGAGGUUGAGGCGCGGGGGUUGCAGGUCAGGCGGUUGGAGGAGGAGAGCGCGAGGUGGCAGGCGCGGAAUUCGCAGUUGUUGGCGAAGUACGAGCGUAUUGAUCCUGCCGAGCUUCAAGCCGUCCGCGACGAGCUCGCCAAAGCCCAAUCCGACCUCGAGGAGAAGGAUACGGCUAUUCAAGCCCUCACCGAACGCGCCGAAGCAGCCGAGAAAGCCGUCGAAGAAGCCAAACAAGCCCGCCAGAAGUUCGUCGCGCGCGCGAACGAGACGAUCGGGCGGCUCAAGGGCGACACGGCCUCGCUCAAGCAGCAGAUCGCGCAGCUCACACAGGAGAAGCAGGCUCUCACCGAUCAACUUGCCAGCGCUUCGUCCGCUGCGCCUGCGCCUGUUGUGGAUAAUAGUGCGCUGGAGGCGGCGAAUGCCGAGCUUGAGAAGGUCAGGGCCGAGUUGGAUGUUGUGAAGGUCGCGCUUGAGGCGGAGAAGGCGAAGGCUGUGCCUGUCGUUGAUACGGCUGCGUUCGAGGCUCGCAUCGCUGAGCUUACGAAGGAGCGCGACGAGCUCGCGGAGAAGGUCGCGAAUGCGCCUUCGGCGUCUGGUACGAACGAGGAGUGGACGGCUGAGAAGGCUACGCUUACUACGGCUCGCGAUGGGGCUCUUGCUGAGGUUAAGACUCUCAAGGAUAACCUGGGCAAGCUCGAGAGCGAGGUUCGCGGUCUCAAGCAACAAGCGGGCACCUUCCAGGCACGCAUUAAGGCUCUUACGGAGAAGGAGAACAAGCUCCAGCAAGAGCACGCCGCCAAGAUCGAGGCCGCUGUCGCCGACGCCGUCAAGAACGUUCCGACUGACUCAGCUGCUCCCUCUGAGGAUAUCGCCGCGAAACAUGUCGAAGAACUCAAGGCACUCGAGGAACGUCUUCAUCGCGAGCACGAGGCUGCGCUCAAGCAAGCUCUCGACGCCGCCGCUGCAUCCGCUAUCACGCCCGCACCCGCCGAACCCGCGGCUCAGCCCGCGGACCUCGAGCAGAAGCUCAAGGACGCGAUGGAAGCUGGACGGAAAGAAGCCGACGCCAAGAUCCGCGUCAAGGAUAACCAGCUCGUGCGCGUGCAGAAGAGGUUGAAGGAUCUCGAGGCGAAGGUGCUCGAGUGGGAGAAGGAGGGCAAGGUACCUGCCGGAUCAGCCGGUGCUGCUCCCCCGCCUCGUCCGGCUGCUGCCGCUCCUACAGCGCCUGCUGCAAGCGCCGCACCCGCCGCUUCUGCUCAGCCCGCAGCGGCCGCGCCAGCGACUGUCACGCCCACUGCGUCCACGUCGUCUGUUGCCGGUGGCUCCGCUCCUCCCGCUGCAGCGCCCGUUACACGCGCCGCCGCCGCUCGCGGCGGUGCACCCGCUCCCGCCGGCAUCCCGCGCAAACCCUCUGUCGCUUCCGCUGCUCCCGCCGCAUCAUCCGCACCAGGCCCCGCAGCGCGCGGGCGCGGUCGUGGGCGCGGUGGACCAAAUGUACGCGGUGCGCCUGCAGCUGGAGGUGUAUCGAUCAUGGGCGCUGCCGGGAAGCGUGGGCGCGAGGAGAAUGAUGUGGGCGAUGCGCUCGCGAAGAGGUUGAGGCCUGCUGAGAGUCUCAGGGGUGGUGGAAGGGGUAGGGGACGGGGUGGUGCUGGGGCCGGUGCUGGGUCUAGUGGGGAUGCUGCGUAG